AUUUCUAGAAAGACAACAAUCCUUUUUAAGGCUAAUUUUUUAGGUUGGGAAUUAUAACAACGUUCUUUGUUACUUUUCAGAACUUGGUCAAAGAUGAGUCAUCGUUAUUCUGCAUUACUUUGGUCAGCCUUUCUUGCAUGUAUCUUCAUAUCAUGCCUUGUGAAAGCAGAGCUCACGCAUGCGGCCAAAAGCGAUGAUGUUGAUAGUAAGGGUGUUUAUCGAGGAGCAUAUUCAUCAUAUUCUUCUCAGUAUACGAGUCAAGUUACAGAAGCUCAGCUUCAAAAGUACGUGGAACCAGCACAAAGUUAUCCUCCAAAGUGCAUCUAUUAUGAGAAAGUGAAAAAAUGUUGUCAAUAUACUUAUGUUUCAGGACAAAAGUGUAACAUCUAUCAGUACAUGGUUCCUGAGAAACUGAGUUAUUCAUGCCCAGAAUACUAUACUGUGCAAUCUCCAGUAUAUUAUCCCUGUCCUAUGUAUUCGCAGAAAAGUGUGGCACAGUAUUAUCCAUGCCCAACGUAUUACAGCGUGAUGGAGUCAACGAAUGUGCCUUGUCCAAAGUAUUAUACCGUAGAAAGCGCCGUAUAUUAUCCUUGCCCUUCGGAAGUAGCUGUUCAAUCUGCCAUCUACUACCCAUGUCCAACCUAUUAUGAGGUGCAAAUUCCAACUUACUACAGCUGCCCUCAGUAUUAUUCAGUACAAUCUGCAGUAUAUUAUCCUUGUCCUACCUACUAUACAACUACAAUGAAACAGGAGUAUCCGUGUCCGACAACCUAUACCGUAACAGUGCCGACAUACUACAGUUGUCCAACGUAUUAUACGGAGCAGACGGCUACCAUGUAUCCAUGUGCAACAUAUUAUACAGUUCAGUCAGCUACAUAUUAUCCUUGCCCAACCACAUAUGUCACGUAUGAAACCCAAUCGUAUUCUUGUCCAACAUAUUAUACGGUACAACAGACAAAGGCUUAUAGUUGUCCAACGUAUUAUACGACAUAUGUACAAUACCCUUGCGAAUAUGGCUAUUCGACACCAUCAACAUCAGCAUACAGUAGACUUUCCAAGGACAAGUUGGCAGAUAAAGUUGAACGAGGAUAUGGACAAUAUCCUCAAGAGUCUCAGUCCAGCUAUUAUCCAACAAAAUACUGUCAGAAAGCAGUGGAACAAGUUAAAUAUCAGACAUGCUACACAUCGUAUCCUGUUCAAACGAUUGCAUAUGAAACCUGCUACAAGACAGUACCUGUCAAGAAGCAAAAGGAAAGUUACUGCCUUAAAUAUGUGAACAAACAAAUGAUGAAAGAGAAUUAUUGCACCAAAUAUUACUCGGUACAGAAAAUCCGGUACGAACAAUGCAUCAAGUACAUCGAAGAAACGAAAGUGGAGAAUAGGACAUGUUCGAUGAAUACAUAUCAACAAGAAAUCAAAGCUCAACAGUGUGUUAAAUAUGUAAUGCAACAGCAAAUUAUGGACAAGCAAUGUGUCCGUUAUAUUCCGAUGCAGAAAGUACAACAAAAGCAGUGUGUGCGUUAUGUAACUGAGGAAGAAGUUAAGAGUCGCCAAUGUAUCAAAUAUGUACCUCAACAAAUAAUUAAGAAUGAACAGUGCGCCAUGAAUUAUGAGGUGCAAAAGAUUCAGCAACGACAAUGCGUUCUUUAUCUACAGGAACAGGUCAUCAACCCCAAGCAAUGUGUCAAAUAUGUUCCACAACAGGAAGUCGCUUACAAGGUUUGCUACAAAGAAUAUAGCAUCCCCAAAUUCUAUGAAAGAUGUUAUCCAGAAUAUUCCACGAAAGAGAAAUGUGAAGAAAGUCAGUGGAUGCCAGUGAGUACGCCAGCUCCUUACUCAUCUUCACCAAGUCCCGCUUACUAAAGACUCCAAUUCGAAAUGAUGCCUCCAUUCCCCAAGAUCUUGGAAUAAAGCCUGUCAUAGAGGG